CGGCAUACAGAAAAAAAACAAGAAAAUGGGGGAGAGAGGAUACGGUUUUUCCCUUACAACAUUCAGCCCUUCAGGGAAGCUAGUCCAGAUUGAAUAUGCCCUGGCUGCUGUUGCGGCUGGCGCACCCUCAGUGGGGAUAAAGGCUACAAAUGGUUGCGUCUUGGCUACGGAGAAAAAGCACAAGUCUGUUCUUUAUGAUGAACACAGCGUCCACAAAGUUGAGAUGAUCACCAAAAAUAUUGGAAUGGUUUAUAGCGGCAUGGGACCAGAUUACAGAGUUCUAAUAAAGCAGGCCAGAAAGUUGGCUCAGAACUACUAUCUCACUUAUCAAGAGGAAAUCCCAACGUCACAACUGGUACAGAGAGUAGCCACAGUCAUGCAGGAGUAUACACAAUCUGGAGGUGUGCGUCCAUUUGGUGUCUCGCUACUGAUGGCAGGUUGGGACGAAGAUGAGAAGCGACCGUAUCUCUACCAAUGCGAUCCCUCAGGAGCAUACUUUGCCUGGAAAGCCACUGCUAUGGGCAAGAACUUUGUAAAUGGAAAAACUUUCUUGGAGAAGAGAUACAGUGAAGAUCUGGAGUUAGAGGACGCUGUCCACACAGCCAUCUUAACCUUGAGAGAAAGCUUUGAAGGCCAGAUGACAGAGGACAACAUCGAAAUUGGUAUUUCCGAUGCUGAAGGAUUCCGCCGGUUAUCUCCUUCAGAAGUCAAGGACUACCUAGCGUCCAUAGCUUAACGAUAUGUUACUGUGUUCUUCAGAAGUAUGUGCUUGAUUCAAUGUGGACAGUGAGCUUGGACUGUUUAUGACCUCAGAGUCGGAACGAGGUUUUUGGUUGAAAGUUCAUUGUAGGACUUUGUGCACGAUUUGAUUACAACAAGAUCGGCUGUACUCCAAAACGCCAGAGGUUCAUUCUCAUCAGCAGUAAAUUUGUUGAGGCCAUCUAUUGAAGUCGCAAUGGCCCCUGAACAUUAGGACUGGACACAGGGCUACUUGGUCAGUGAAGGACUGGAGGUCUUUUAAGUCAACAUACUUUAUUGUCAAUAUCUCUGUUCCGUGCUUUUGGCUGACACCCUACCAAUCAGAUAUAACUCUCAACACCUGGUCCUGUGCCAAUUUGAAGAUCUCAAAAGAUUUCCAUUGUAAAAUGUUGACUAUCAAUACAAAAUGUUUUUUUCGUACAA